AUGGACAAUCCAAUACAGAAGGAAUUGUUCAAAUCGGACUACUUAGUACUUUCGGAGAUUAGCGCGUUCAAACAAACACAAGCAAUGGAAGUUAUUGAACACGUCAGGUCGCUAUGCAGCCGCGUGCCGUGUAUCGGACUACCGUUGCCGGUGACAACGUCUAACAACCUUACACCAACACCAGCACCCCGUACAUCGUACCAGUGUGCGAAAGGGAUUAAUAAUACAACUGCAAGGCCGGUAGAGAGGGAUGAAAUAAUAGGGUUGAUGUCGAAUGGUAUACCAGCGGCCAAGCAUCUCGCGGAUGCAGCCGCGGCCUUCGACGCUCGUCGUGGUGCCUGCGACACGCAACUGGAGGAAGGCACAACUCUCACUGCGCGCGCCGCGUGCGGUUGUGGUCACUCGCCCACCUCCUCGCUUCGUUCGCUCGGACGUGUUGCGGCUCCGACAAGAAACUCAGUGUUCUGUCACACAGCUAUCCGUAUGCGCGUUAUACCGUACGUCGCGCAGUUUCUCUCGAAAAUUAAUUAG